AUGUCGCGCGUCUGGGGCUGCGUUUUGGUUUGCCACGCCUACGGGUGUUGGUUCGUUUCCGUGCUAGUGUGCCUUUUUGCCAAACUGGUUGGGGGUCAGCACGUGCCGCGUUGGGCGACAGAGGUGGGCAUGAGGUGUUGGAGCGAGGCGUUGCGGCAGCGGAGCGCAGCCGUUCGCUAUGCCGGCAGCUUGGAUAGAGCGGGAAAGUCCUGGCGUAUCGGUGCUGAUUGCUAUGAGUGCCUUGCCGUAGCACGCCGGACUGCUGAAGGUGGGGUUGCAUGCAUGCUGGGGCACGAGGUGUUGGAGCGAGGCGUUGCGGCAGCGGAGCGCAGCCGUUCGCUAUGCCGCGUUGCAUCCGCUUCGCUAGAGGCUGUCAACCGGUUGUCAGACACACACGGAUGGCAGCAAAGCAGGCGCCUUGCAUGUCGUGUCAUAGGAAGGCAUGAGGUGUUGGAGCGAGGGGCUGUUCGGCACGAGGUGUUGGAGCGAGGCGUUGCAGUAGCGGAGCGCAGCUUUUCGCUAUGCCGCUCGGAUGGAGCGGGCAAGUCCUGGCGCAUCGGUGCUGUUUGCUAUGAAUGCGUUACCGUAGCACGCCGGACUGCUGAAGGUGGGGUUGCAUGCAUGCUGGGCAGCUUGGAUAGAGCGGGCACGUCCUGGCGUAUCGGUGCUGUUUGCUAUGAAUCCCUCGCCGUAGCACGCCGGACUGCUGAAGGUGGGGUUGCAUGCAUGCUGGGUAUGCAGCGUUGCAUCCGCCUUGCUAGAGGCUGUCCACCGGUUGGCAUGAGGUGUUGGAGCGAGGCGUUGCGGCUGCGGAGCGCGGCCUUUCGCUAUGCUGGCAGCUUGGAUAGAGCUGGCAACUCCUGGCGUAUCGGUGCUGUUUGCUAUGAAUCCCGCGCCGUAACACGCCGGAUUGCUGAAGGGCAUGAGGUGUUGGAGCGAGGGGUUGCGGCAGCGGAGCGCAGCCUUUCGCUAUGCUGGUAG